AUGCAUAUGAUACCGCGGAAGAAAUGUAUUCCUUCAAACAUAACUCUUUCAGAUAUAAAUGUGUACGAUUCAGUAUUUAAAAGGACUGAGAAAUCUUUUGAAUCCGUUUUUGAAAUAGUGCCCGGGCUCAUGAGAAAUGAAUUAUUUUUAAAGAAUUCAUUUCGGGUUUCAAUAAUCGCGGAGUCAUAUCUCAAUGAGGACGGCAACCUUUACAUAGAAUUCCCAAAUACAUAUCGCAGAUGGUUUUUGGUCAAAACUGAUAGUUUUUGUGUAGAGAUGAUAUCAAAACGGAAUACAAGAAAACCAAUUUUCAUGGCAGAUGUCGAAAUAGAAAACUUUAAUAAGAUAACAGUCAAUAACGUGUUCGCUUUGGCCAUUACCACUGGAUUUUUGGUAUUGACCAUUUUACCUUAUUGUUUAUUACCACGGCUAAGAGACUACAACGGUUUAAUUCUAAUUCUUUUCCUCGUAUUAUUUAUAAUGCCUUUUGCUAUUAGACUACAUUUAAUAAGUUCAAGUUCUAAUGUCGAAGAAACUUUAACCACAGGUAUAAUAAUCUAUUUCUCCUUCACGUCAAGUAUUUGUUGGACAAAUAUAAUGUUUUAUCGUGUCCUUAACUUGGAAAGAAAUUUUUCAAGCGGUGAUCUAAUUGGCACCUUAGAGACGAGAAAAGUACCAUUACUGAAAUAUUGUAUUUAUGCCUUCGGUCUCCCACUAUUACUAACUCUGCUAGUAAUAGGUACUGAGAUAUUUGACAUGAAGCAUGUUAGGUGGUUUGUUACACCCAAAAUAGUUCAAAUGAAUACUAUGUUGGUCGACGGGUCAGAACUUCUGUACUACCUCUACAUACCCAUAUCGCUAUUAUUGUUGUUCAACUGGAUAAUAUGUAUUACAAAUGUUAUUCGAUUUUAUAAAAAAACAAAAGUCUUCCCAAAGUCAGUUACGGGUAAUUAUCAAAAAAUCCUGAAAAGUCCUUUAAGCAGAACCGCCCAAUACGUGAAGCUUUUAGUUUUGCUCACUGUCUUCUUGGUGUUGAAGGUAGUGGCUAUUCUAAGCCCCGACACUGACGUCAACUACGAUACACAUUAUUACUUUGUUAUGUGUAUUGGACCCGUUAUAUUCGUAACAUUUGUGAUUGAUAAAAGUGUAUGGGAGAUGACUAAGGAGUUACUAGCCAAAUGUAAAGAUGGCUUUCUGAAAUUUAAAUCAAUUUUCUAUGUAAAAAGUGGAGAUAUAACAUCAAUAUAG